AUGUACCCGUAUGCACUAGACAGUCUCACAAGACUAGCACGCAAUUCGUGGUCGGAUGCCGACUUCCAAACCCUCAUCGCAUCGUUCCCAGACGACGCCAAACGCAGCGCCGAUGCGCUACUCGCCCACGUACAAGACCUUACGCGGCGCGAUGUCAAGGCUGUGUACUUGAAGCAACUACAAGGCCACCUAUGGACAACCGGGUUCCGCAACGGUGAUCUCAAAACCCCGCUCUUCAGCGAUGUAAUCCCCCAACUCGAGCAGUGGAAAGCAGCCGGCAAAACACUGGCCAUCUUCUCCUCCGGCAGCGUGCAGGCUCAGCUCCAGUUCUUUACCUACGUCACAGACGGUCCGAAUACGCGGGACAUUAAACCCCUGUUUGCCGCUCACUACGACACGGUGAACGCCGGUCCUAAAAUGGAAAAGGCGUCCUACGAGAAGAUAUGCCGUGAGCUGGGCAAGGACGUCAACAAAGUCGCUUUCUUGACUGACAAUGUAAAAGGUAUGUGGUAUUUUCGUGAGGCUGUCACGGCGGAUGAAGCUGAAGCGGCGAUGGAUGCGGGUGUCUAUGCUGUUGUCGUGGACAGGCCGGGUAACGCGCCGUUGUCGGAUGAGUCGAGAGAGACGUUCGCUGUCGUUGAGACGUUGGAUGCGUUGCCUUGA